GGUGCGCUUCAAUUAGAAUACGCGUACGAGAGUUGACUUCUUCGUUCCCAGAGAUGGCUCAGGGGCCAGGACAGCACCAGGGGUAUGGAGUGCCUGCUAGUGCUCCCCCACCCAAUGCUCCACUGUUCCAGGACACCAGCGGACUUACGCAGUUCCCUCCGCCCCCGUCCAUGGCGGCAGCUCAGCACCUUAUCAACAACCCCAUGGUGUCGGCAGCCGCCGUGCAGUACGGCAGUGAGUUUGCCCAGCAAGGCCAGGCCUACGUGAACAAAGGAAUCAACAGACUGCUGGCCAUCACCAACCUCAAGACCUACUUUGCAGUGGACACGAGCUAUGUUCUCAAGAAGCUGUCCCUCCUCCUCUUCCCCUACACCCACAGGAACUGGAUGGUGGGGUAUGGGGAAUCUGGGAGGACGUCUCCGAAAGAUGACAUCAAUGCCCCGGACCUAUACAUUCCUGUGAUGGGACUUGUGACGUUUGUUCUGCUGAAUGGAGUGGUGCUGGGGACUCAGAGCAGAUUCACUCCCGAGGCUCUGGGAGUGGCGGGCAGCUCUCUGCUGGCCUGGCUCGCUGCCGAGGUCCUCCUUCUCUGGCUGUGUCUCUACCUGCUUGCCGUCACCUCGCAACUUCGCUGGCUGGACAUCAUAUCAUUCUGUGGUUACAAGUACGUCAGUAUGAUAGUGAGUGUUGGGUUGAGUCUGGUUGGAGGUUCAACGGUCUACUACUGUGCUCUCGGCUACACUGCUUUGGCAAUCACCUACUUCAUGGUAUAUUCCUAUCUCCAGCUGCAUUAUGAACCCAAUAGUCUACCUCUCUGCUACAGAUCCAGAGUCUGAGACUGACAAUUCAGCCUCACGUGGUUGAAGGAGCUAGCAAGCUCCGCAACUACUUCCUGCUGGUGAUGGCUCUUCUCCAGCCAGUCAUGAUGCUCUGGCUCACUCGCUCUCUGGUGACUUUCUCACCUCCCACACCCUCCUCCCUCCUCUAGUCCUCCUGUUGACCUAUGUAUUUAGUAUUUUGAGCAAUCAUCAAUCGUUGUGUAU